AAAUAUCACACUGCUGACACUCGGCAUGCUAAGUAAAGCUUUGAUAUAUUAUAAUAUAUUCAUCUAGGCUGUAUCAAAGUUACUGAAACUUAGUGGCUGAUGAGUUUCACACCGAAUCCUGCUGAUAAUCAUGUCACUGUUUCUGUAUUUUCUUUUACAGCAAACAAAAGCUGAAGGUUCUACGUGUGAAUCACACAUUCAGGUCACGCUUCACUCAUGUUGUGGACGUCUGUUGCUCGACAGUGUGGAUCAGUAUUCUGCUGAUAUCAGAUCUGAGAGCUUACUGAAGUUGUUAUGAAGAGAAAUGUUCAGCCCCGAGGAUGGUGACCCCUCACCCCCUCCCCUGCCUCUACCAGGAAACUGCUCUGAGCAACAACUCCCGGCAGCAGCAGAUACUGUGUCCCAACAUCUCUGUCAACUAAUGGGAGUUGAAGUCCGCGGCGUCCCUCCGCCUUGUGAUGAGCAGUGCGCCGUGAACUGCAUCUCCCAUGAGUCACCCGGCAUCACUGGUGUCCCCUCCGGGGUCCACAUGGUCCAGGAGGCGUAUUGUGAAACUCCUGCACCUGACUGGAUUGCUCAUCGUCGUCUACAGACUGAUGCUCACAUCUAUCCUCCCUGAGGCAGCAGAAAAGACAUCACUUUCAUUUCUCUGCAGAAGAAGCUUCCUGAUACCAUGGACAAACAGUCCACGGUGGUGUUUCGAAAUGUGGGGCAACUCUACUUCCCCCAAACCAGAGUGGAGUGUCACUACAGCCUGACCUCUGACCAUCGGUGGAGCAGCCAGGACUGGAUUGGGAUUUUUGAGAUGGGCUGGUCUUCGGUGAAACAGUAUCACACAUAUACGUGGGCUCUUGUUCCUGAAGGCUACAUUGAGGGAACCAGUGUAAACUGCUGUGCGCUCAUCCACGCAUGUUACCUGCCCCGGCCCAGCACCGCGGAGUACCAGUUUGUUUACGUGGAUCGGAUGGGCGAGGUGUGUGCCUGCAGUCGACCCUUCACUUUCAGAGCGCCCAAGCCGCUGGAGGAGCUGGAGACUCUGCAAGAGGAACGAGACGAGGAGGACGGAGAGGAGGACGGAGAGGAGGAGGAGGAGCUGCUCCUGGUCAUCCCCAGGGCCCAGCUGCUGCAGAGUCAAUUGGAAGAAAGCUUAAGACAGCGGGCUGAUUUACAACAGGCUCUGGACGCGGCAAAAAAGGAGACCGAGGAUGAGAAAGAGAACUUGAAAAAGUCACAGGUGGAGUGGGAGAGAGGAAGAGAAGCAAUGACGGAGGAGAUCUCAGGCCUAAGAGACAACCUGAUGCACAACUGCAACAUGUUGAAGAAUAUAGAAGGGAAACACAAGAAUGCAAGGUAUAGUCAAGAAAAUCUGACCUGUGAACUGAGUAAACUCAUGACGGACAAAGCUGAGAGCGAGCAGCGAAUCACAGACCUGGAGGACGACGUCAGAGUUCUGACUGAGAGGGAGAAAGAUGGAGCCAUGGAAGUGGAACGGCUGAAGGAGAGACUGAAGAAAAUGUCCAGUCAAAUGAAACACAAUGAGGAGAAGAGGAAGUCUCUGCAGAAGGAGAGUGAGGCAGGUCAGGCGGAGGUGCGAGGGCUGCAGGAGCGCCUGGACGUCAGCGAGCAUGCAACCGAGAGCCUGCGCAGGGAGCUGAGGGAGCUGGCCACCCGUCAGGCCCACACCCACACCGAGCUGCACCAAGCCCGGCUGCAGGCGGCCCAGCUCACCCUGCAGCUGUCCGAGGAGAACCUGGUCCUCAGGGAGGAGCGCGCCAACUGGGCCCUGGAGAGAGAGACUUACAAACAGGCGGCGGAGACUGAUAAAAAGAAAUGGCAAGAGCUGAGUUGUGAGGUGGAGCGGAAGGAGGACUGGCUCCAGGAGGAGAGGAUGGAGAGAGAGAAACUAGAAGCAGAGCUUGGGAGUGAGAGAGAUUGCAAUCGAGUGCUGCUGAGCGACGCCAGUGGAGAGCUGCAGGAGCUGAAGGCCAGUCUGAGGAGGGUCCACACAGAGAGAGAGGAGCAGCAGCUUGAGACACAGGACCUGGUGAACUACAUCCACGAGUUGGAGCUAAGGUUGGAGACUUUGUCAGAAACUAAAUCAAAUGGAGAAACAUCCACAUCCAACAAUCCCGACUCCUCUGAGGGUGACCAGGAUGCUCCUUCAGUAACGGCCAGAUCGGUGUGUCCACCUCUUUUCCUCUUCACUCACCUGGAUCAGUCCAACAGAGCUGAGACACCAGCCUCUGACUCGCAGAGCAAGAGGAUGCAGCAGGAGUCACAAGCGGACGCACGGAAGCAACUGAUCCUGCCAGAACUCAACGACCCCGUCCUGAGUGAGCUGGCUGACUCCCCCAUGUGGUAACACACAGAAGGAUGGCUGGGUGGCUGGUUGCUUGUUAACGACUGCUUGCGCUGCUCAUUUACAAAAUUGACCUUCGCCAAGGUCAUAGCGUAGAGCCGUUACUUUGCGGGUGACAAAAUUCAAAGAGAAAUGGCACAUUUUUUUAAUGUCUCACAUGUCCAACAUUUAUUUUGUUUUACCAAUGUGUUUAAAGGUUUUCUGACUGAUGUAGGGUAAAUGGGGUCAAAACUCCAGCAAGAGUAUAUAGAACAACUGUGUUGUUGUUGUUGUUAUUGUAACUUAUCCAUUUUUUAGAUUAAAAUGAGGAUGUGUUGUCACUGUUGUGGUAUGGCAUAACUGUCGUGAGAAAAAUGGCAAAUUAUGUCAUUCUUAUUAUGAAUUUAACACAGUACGUCUUGUUUUGGUGGUAUAUCAGCCCCUCACCUCUGCAUGCGCGCGUGAAUCCUGAAACCAUGUCAAACGUGUGGGUGUGUGUGUUACAGACGCGUGUGAAAUGUUCUGUUGCAGCUUGUAGAGCAGAACGUGAGACGGAGAGACGAGGUUCUUUGAUUGGUUGAUGGCAGACUGUAGUGUGGUGAAACCAUACAAUGUCUUAGUUCCUAUAAGGAAUAUUUACCAUUUGUUUAUAUUGUCUAACAAAGCAGAAAUACUGUACAAUAAAAGCCUGCAAUGACGGUCUCUAAAAGA